AUGCAAAGGACUGGAAACUUUUUAAAACUUGAAGAAGGUGUCACUUAUAAUUAUAAUUUAGAAGGAAAUACAGAAACUUACGUUCCAAAAUCUAAAGGACCAUUCGGUGAAUCUGUUAAACUUAACUUUAAAGCUAAAGUUGAAGUUUCUUCACUUCCCGAAUGUAAAACUGUUGUUCAACUCAGAAAUGUGCAAGUCACUGGACCUGAUGGAAAGCCUUAUCAAAGCCUUCCAAAAUUAGAACAACAUCCGUUGGUAGUGAGUCUUCACGGUGGGAAACUUGAUUCUGAAGUUUGUGCCGCUCACGACGACGAAUAUGCUUCUUUGAACGUUAAAAGAGCUGUUGCUUCAUUGCUUCAAGUUGGCGGUUCCGAAAGAGGAGGAAGCAAUGUCGAAACGGAUGUUUUCGGUGUUUGUCCAACUUACUCAAAAGUGACUAAAGAUGGAGAAGUGACGGUGGUUGCAAAACACAGAGAUUUGGAAAAAUGUCAAUUCAGAGAAAAAUUGAGACAAUCAUUUUUUGCCGUUUCUCACGGACACGAAUCCGAAUUACAGUCGUCACCAUUGAUGGACUCACAAUAUGAAUCCGAACAAAGAUUUAAAAAUGGAGUUUUAGAAAGUGCUACCGUGAAAGAAGAAUAUUUGUUCAGGCCAUUUUCUAACCGAGAUAGCGGUGCCAAAACUAAAGUACUUACAAAACUAGUCUUCGAAUCAAAAACUCCAGCUGCUCCACCAGCUGUUUCCAAUAACGAACCCAGACAGGUAUUUUUUGAAAAUCCUCAUGAAACCGUAACGUGCACUGUACAAACUUUGAUGACAGCUUUACAUAAAGUAGCCGAUAGUGAACAUGCCGAUCCAUCAGUUUCUGCUCACGUCGGUAAAGACUUUGGUGACCUCGUGCGUUUAAUGCGAAGAGCUUCAAAAGCAGAUUUGCUUUCGGUUUACGGAAAUUGUAAAGCCGGUGCCGGAUUCAAAGACCGACAAGUAGCCAAGAAAGUCUUUACCGAUGCAUUAUUUGCUGCUGGUAGUGCAGACUCGGUUGCGGCUGCUGUUGAAUUGUUACAAAGUAACGAAGUCACUGGAAAAUUUGCUAAAUAUUGGUAUCUCAGUUUUGCUUUCGUUCGUCACGUUUCCGGUUCUACAUUAACUUCAGUAUUGACCCUUUUAGACAACCCAAAAGCACCAUUUGAAGCAUACCUUGGUGUUGGAGCAUUAGCCGGUCACUACUGCCGUGAACACAAUUGCGACGGUGUUCCUCAAUUUGAUCAAUUAUUGGCUAAAUUCACCGAAGUACUCGGAACGAAUGCAAAAGGUUCAAGAGAAAAGGAAAACCACGUAAUAGCUGCUCUUAAAGGUCUUAGAAAUGUCAAACAUCUUAAUGAAGAAACUGCCAAUAAGGUGACUCAAUUAUUGAAAGAUGGCCACGCUUCAACUCGUGUUAGGGUUGCUGCAUUGGAAACUGCACAAACUGAUGCUUGCCGUGGAAAGCUUCUCAAAGGAGCAUCUGAAGUUUUUUACAAUCGCGAAGAAGAUUCCGAAGUGAGACUUAAAGCAUUUUUAGUCAUGGUAGAAUGUCCCAAUCCAAAACUUGCCAACAAAUUAAGUGAAUUUUUGGAAACGGAACCUGUCAACCAAGUUGGAUCUUUUGUCACCUCUUACUUGCGAAACCUUAGAAGUUCUUCAAACCCAGACAAAGAACAUCUCAGAGACGUUCUUUACAAUGUCAAACCCAGAAAGAAGUUUCCAUUCGACGUCAGAAAAUUUUCCCGAAACCAUGAAUUCAGUUACAAUUUCGAUGCGUUGAGCACUUCGGCUUCCGUUGAAUCAAACGUACUAUUUUCGCAAAAAAGUUAUUUGCCAAGAUCCGUUAAUUUGAAUUUGACCACAGAAGUAUUCGGACACGCUUUCAACUUAUUCGAAUUGAACGUCAGAGGUGAAAAUCUUGAAAGAGCAUAUGAAAAAUAUUUUGGUCCUAAAGGAUACUUCAGUACCCACAAACCAAUGGAAGUUGUUCGCGAUGCCACUCACGUGUACAAGGAAGUAAGAGAUCGAGUUAAGGACAAGUACAGCAACUUUGUCAGUAGAAGCAGAAGAAGUGUAUCCAGAGCCGAUACAGACAAUUUCGCAUCCAAAGUUAAAUUGUACAAUUCGAAAUUGGAUUACAAUGUUGACCUUGAUUUAUCAUUGAGAGUUUUGGGUAACGAACUUUCUUGGGUAAACGUUGAAGAUGUCGAAACUCCCUUUACUCCGAAUGAAGUCGUGGACAAACUUUCUCAUUUUGUUGAAAGCAAUUUAGGAAAAGUCAAAGACUUAAAUAAGGACUACAAAAAUCAUUUCCACUUCUUGGACACUCAAUUAACAUAUCCAACGAGUAUGGGAUUGCCAAUUCGUUUGAACGCUGUCGGAUCCGGAGCAUUGUACCUUAAAUUUAACGUUAACUGCGAUGUUGCCUCUUUUAUGAAAGAUCCUAAAAAUGGUCAAGCAAAAUUUGAAUUAGUUCCCAGCGCUUCUGUCGACGUCACUGGAGAAUUUUCAGUUGAUGGAUACGCCGUUGAAGCGGGAGUUAAAGUUUCCGGAAACCUUCACUCAUCCACGGGAUCUGAAGUUUCGUUGAAAAUGCUCGACGGACAUGGCUUCGACUUAAACGUUGGAUUACCAGUUAAAAAAUCAGAUCUCUUAACCGUAAACACUGACGUUUUCUCUUUUGUUAGAGAACAAGGUCAAGUAGGUACCGAACAUGCUUUAGAAUUCAACGUUCCUAGAAAGGAUUACCACGGAUGUUUUGAUCAACUUCAAUCCCUCGUCGGUCUUACUUUCUGCGGUGACGUAGGUUUCCCAAGCGAUCAAAAAACGCUUGUUUCUGGAGCAGCAAACUACCCGCUUAACGGUCAUAGCAAAGUUUCACUUCGUAUCGAAAAAGAAGAUGAAACUUUAACUUCUUACCAUGCUAGAUUUUUCUUUGAUCUCGCUAAUCCCCAGAACAGAAGAGUCGAAUUCAAACUUGAUACUCCAGGAACUAAAGUCCCGAGGGAAAUCAGUCUGUUGGCUGCUCUUACAACUCAACCGGAAAAAGCAGUUGAUUUCCGUUUUGUUUCUCCAUUGCAUAGAGUUUCUGCCAAAGGAGCAUUGACAAAUAACGAUCACGAAUACACCAUAUCUGGUUUUGCUCGUUUAGACGAUGCUCAUGAGUACAAAGCCAGAGUUGGUUUCCUUAAAAACGGUCAAGUCUUCAAACCAGUUUUGGAAUACACUCCUGUAGGUGGAGUUCCAACCGAUGUUAAAGUAGAAGGAGAAGUUUUGGUUGAAAAAGGUGGUGACAGCCAUAGAAGAUUCACGUUCCGAGGAUUAAGAAUUUUGCAUCCGUCAAGAACUUACACUGUUGAUGGAACGGUCGAAAUGGAAAAAACUUUCUGCAAAGCAGAUUUGAACGUUGGUUAUAACGAACAUACCGUACAUGUUAAAUCUGAUAUAUUGGUUGAUAGAAGCUUGAAGCAUGUAAAAGUUGACGGUGCCCUUUCGACUACACAAUAUCCCGAAUUUAAUUUUGCACUAAACUACGAAUAUAAGAAAGAAGACCAUCAAGUUGAAAACAAUCUUGUUGUUUCCCACGGCAGAGAUUUAGCAUCAACUCAAAACAAAUUGACGCUCUAUCAAUUAGUGAGAUAUCAUUACAAAUCCCUUCAAGAAUAUGACGUAUCUACCAAAAACUUACUUUCUUAUCCAGUUUUUGGAGUUGAAGUCAGACUCGACGGUGGAAUGACAAGAAAACAUUUCAACUACGACGCCGAAGUCAAAUAUGGAAAAUACAGAGCACAUUCGAAAUUGGAUGCCAAAACAGCUUUGAAAGAAUUGGGAGACUACGAUGUAGACUUUGUCCUUGCUGCUUUUGAUAAAGAGCUUUGCUUAUCGGCCAAAAGAGAAGUUGUCGAUCCCUACAAGUCGAGAUUUACACAAAAAUUAGAUUUGAAACCAGGAAAAUCAUACGAUUUGGCAGCUGAAGUUGUUCAUCACUUCGGAGGAAGCGAAAUGAAAUUUUCUGUUGUGGCCACGAGUACCAACUACCCCAAUUACGUUUUGGACGCUGGAUUUGUAACCACUCCCGCAUUGUUUGACGGUCAUUGUAAAGUAAACGAUGGUACAAAAGACUGCGUGGAUGGUUUCUUGAAAUUUUCAAAAGUUCCUCCGCGUCAAGGAAACUUUAAAUUGUUUAUCGACAACGUUCUUGAUUCCCAAGGAGAAUGUAAUUUACAUGAAAAAGUAACUGGUAGUUUUUCAGCACAUUUACUUAACGUCAACACCGUUUUCAAGGGAUCGUUUGAUUUGGCCAAAACGGAAAAUAAAUAUGCCGGCCAAGUUCAAGCCUCAUCUGAAAGAAACGGACAACCCAAUUGGCAAUUGUUUGUUAACACCGACACUGACGUACAAAGUACUUCGGUAAACUCGAGGAACAAAGUCAAACUUUCGGAAAAAGAAUUAGAACUUAACUUCCACGGAGAUUACAAAGGUAAAGAUUUGGACACGAGUUUCGCGGGUGGUUACGAAUUGACACUUCCAAGUGGAAAAUUUUUGAUGGGUAACACGAAAUUAGCCUACAACGUCCUACACAAAACAAUGAAUGGAGAUUUGUUUGUCGAAGUCGGUUAUUCCGAACAAAGAGGAGGACAUUUGACGAAAUAUUUCUUGGAUUCUUAUGCUAAAAACUUGAAUUUGAAAAAAUAUUCCGUCGAUUCCAAAUUUGAAGUUGGUCGAGAAUGUCCAAAAGGAAAUGUUAAAUUUUCCAAUUUGUUCCGUUGCAUGCCCCACGAAGAAACCUACAUUAUGGACGAAGAAACAACCUUCACUGGAAGUUUAGUGAAAACUCCCUUUGAAUAUAAAGGACACGCGGUUUUUUCAAGGGCAGAAGCUAAUUUUGAUGUUUCUAGUAAUUUUGGUGAUUAUAACUUUAAGAGCAGAGGAAAAUUAUUAACCGGCGUCGAAGAUAAAGUCAGACAUUUGGAAUGUCAAACUGAAUUGAGCACUCCUCACGAAUCAGCGAGAAGAGUACAAAUGGAUUCCGUUUUUCAUUUCGGCGUCGGUGAUGAAACCAAACCUUUUGUACAACUUAAACAAGAAUUCACGUGUAAUGAAAAAAUGUUUAAAGUUAACGGUGAAGCUGAAUUACACAAGAAACAUGGUAAUUUGAAAGGUUCACUCAUGCUUCCUGGAGAACCUAGACCAUCAACACUUGAUGUUAAUUACAAACGAGAAUUGGUCAACGAUCUUAGAAAAACCGAAGUUUUUGUCAACGCCAAUUACGAUAAUGACAAACACGUUAACGUAAACAGCGUUUUCGAAUAUAAAACUGGAGAAUAUAUGCUCAACGGUCACGUGACCGGACAAACAAGCCUUCAAAAAUUAAGCUCUUUUGAUUUGCAGUUCGCUCACAAAAAACUAUCGAGCACGGCUAGAAACACCGAUUUCGGUUUAACCGUCAAUGGAGAAAAAGUCGAAGGAUUCUGUAAAAUCGAUCUUGCACCUAAACAACGUUUGGUAGAUUUGACCGUCAACAGCGCAGGUGGAAAAUCCCGUGUUUUCUACAAAGUAAACCAUAAAAGCGAUCGUCAAGUAACGAACGAAGCGCAAUUCGUUUGGACAUUAAAUGGCGGAGGUCAAUUAGAUUUAUCGUCAAACGUUGAUAUUGAAUCCCACGACAAUUUCCACGUUCUCAUCAAAGUCAAUUCUGAAAAGCUCAAAAUCAACAAAUUGAAACUCGAAGUUGGAAACAGAGCAACAAAGAGCGGAACCGGUAAAAAAAUUAAUUUCGCAGCUCAAACUGCUGACAAAAAAGGAUUCGCCGGAAGUGUAACUUACGCCAUGAAAGAAUUACCACACGGUUUCACACUUGAAGGAAAAGGUCAAAUUGAAUUCCAAGCCGCAAAACAUCCUCUUACGUACAAAGCCGAAUACAAAACAUUAACUCGAGCCAACGAUGGUGAAACUGGUACACUUUUCACGCUCAACUCUGAUUUCGAAAAAGGAAGUUUUGUUCUUGAACAAAAACUUUCCGACAAAGAACUUUUCUACGUUAGUAAAUUUUGCCGUGAUAAUGUUUGUGCCGUUUCUGAAAUGAAAAAUAAAUUACAACUUUCAGACUUUAGUGAAAUGAACCAUGAAGCAUUCCUCUUGUAUCAAAAUGAUUUCCUUGAAAAUCAUUACACGUUUAAAGCUUUGAGUAAAACACACAGAAAAGGUUUCACCGUUAAUCACGAAACUGGUUUGAAUGUAAAUGGAAAAUCUUACAAUCUUAAAUACUACGUCAAACAAGAAGAUGCAGGUUUGGUCCUCGAUUUGCCAAGUCGUGAAGUUGCAGCUGUGGCUUCAUACGAUUUCCCACUUCAUCUUUCAACUGGUAAACCAAAUACUGAUUUCAAAAACGUUCAGGUACGAUUCGAUGGUUCAUUUUAUUUGGAUCGAAGAAACAAACCUAACGACAAAGGAAACUUAUUCGUUUAUGGUGAUUUUGCUGCUACUAGUAAAUCGCUCAGUUCUAAAGGAGAAGUUAAAAUCACACAUCCGGCAUUGCACAAAGAUUUGGUACUCAGAGGAAAAGGAGCUGCUGCGGUGGAUCAACGCCUCGUUGAUGUAUCUCUCGAUGUUGAUGUUUUCAAUAGAAAGAAUCAAAGAGUGACCUUAACUCUUACGGUCGAUCACUUUAAAGCUGGCAACGGACACAACGUUACUGCAAGCACUGGAUUAGUGAGCAAGGGAAUGAACUUGGACGUUUCAACAUCAAGUCAUCUUUUUGCUGACGAACAUGGACUCAGCGCUGGAUCAUUCUUGUACUACCACGAUAGCAACAACGUGAGAAAAGAAGCCGGAGCAGUUUUCGAAGCUAAUCCCAAACGUUUAUACGCUAUGGUAAGAGUUCCAGCUAAGGAAUUACUUAGAGUUGAUUCGGUUGUACAAGGUGAACCUCAACAUCAAGUAGUUGAUACCGAAAUUAACAUUGCCGAAUUAAGGCACUACACUGUUAGAGUUGAAACAACAGGUUUGCAUUCAUUGCACGCUUCAAUAUGUCCAAAAGAUAAUCCCAACCAUAAAUUGUUUUUGACCGCUGGACUUAACCCGAAAUUACUCGAAUUUAAAGUCGAACAUCUCGAAGGAGGAGCUACAGACAAUUUAUUAGCUGUUGUUUUGACAUCGAGAAGCAACCAAGAAACUCAACCAAAUUUUGAAAUUAACAGCGAAAAAAUCAAAGAAAUAAUGAAAAAAUGUAAAUCUACUGGCAAGGAAACAGUUGAACAAUUGAAAAAAUUGGUUGUUGACUUGUCCAAACAAACGGUUGAAGACUACAGUAACUUGCUCAAAGGUGUCAAAAAGGCACAACCCGAUUUCAAACCUUUAGUACAAUAUUAUCAAAAUGAAUUCGAAUUGGCUCGUAAAGAAUUAGCAGAAGAUCCUUACUUUAAACAUUGUUCCACUGUAUUCCAAAAUGUUUUUGGAGGAGUCAUUGAAUUUUUAGAAGAAUACGUCAAAAAAUUGGUUUCCUCAUUUGAAAAACUCUCUCACGAAGUAGACGAAGUGCAAGUAAAAUUAACUCAACUUUGCAAAGAAGUUUUGACAAGAGUCACGGAAUCUUAUGAAAAAAUGGCCGAACCAGUUAUGGGUGUAUUCACACACUUAUGCGAUGGUGCUUGUGCAGUAGCUGAAUACGGUUUAGACUUUUUGAAAGCUCACGAACCUGAAAUUAAACAUGUUUUAACCGGUGUCAGCGGCUACGUUCAAGAAUUUACUCAAUUUUUGGUCAAUACCGUGGAUCAAGUAAGACAAGAAGCUAGAGACUUUUUCAAAGUACUCGUCGAUCAACUUAAAACUUUACCCAUUUACACCACCUUCGAAGAAAAAUACAAAGAACUUACCAAUGUUGAAUUACCACAAACUCUUAAAAACUUCUAUUCCGAAAUAACAUUUGCCGUCGAAGACAUGAUGAAAACACCAGAACUUAAAGAUUUCUUCGAAAACUUAUUGGGUUAUCUUUUCAAGUUUCCAGUACCUUCCUUCUUGGUCAGAUUGCCUAAAGUCGGACCAUUCAAAGAAUUUACAUUUGUCCGUUAUUUGAACUCUUUAACUGAAUUACCAUCGCUUUCCGACUUUUAUUACACGUACAGACCAUUAAUGUAUCCAGCUCGCAACGUACCACCAUUUGAAGCUCGUGCUUUGAUCGCUGAUUCUCACCAUUUUUUUACUUUCGACCAAAAACACUUUGCAUUUAAGGGCACGUGCUCUUACGUUUUGGCUCAAGAUUUCUUAGAUGGAAACUUUAGCCUUGUUGGUAACUUUGAAAAUGGUAAAAUCAAAUCUGUGGUUAUGAAUGAUGAACACGACACCGUUGAAUUAUUCUCUGACAAUACCGUUUCUGUUAAUGGCCAACAUGGAGACUACCCAGUCGAUCAUAAUAACUUCCACGGAUGGGUCCGUUAUGGAACAUUCAAUUUAAAACAUAAAUCUGGAGUUCAUCUCACUAAAUAUCACAAACAAGAUACUUUUGUUGUCAAAGUUUCUGGAUUUUACUUCGGUCGAACCAGAGGAUUGUUGGGAACCAUUUCUAACGAACAUUAUGACGAUUUCCUUUUACCAAAUGGCCACGUUGCUAAAGAUGUUGUCGAAUUUGUCGAUGCUUAUAGAGUUAACGAAGCUUGUCCAAGCUGUGUUGAAGUACCGAGUGUUCAAGAACGCGUUCCAGAAUGUACUAAAUUUUUCUCAAGCGAAUCAAGUCUUUCUAAAGGAUUCCCCUUGGUAAAUCAUGAACUCUACAGAGAAGCUUGUGAUCAACUUGUCUCAGGAUCUCCUGACAAAUUGAAAUCUGCUUGCGAUGUUGCUGCUGCAUAUGUAUUAGCACUUAAACCACACUAUCCAUUCACACUUGAUGUUCCGGAGGAGUGCGUUAAUUGUGUAAUUAAUGGCCAACCAACAAACUACGGACAAGAUUUAACGGUACAAUCACCACAAGGCAAAGCCGAUGUAGUUAUUGUAUUUGAACAAUCUGCAUUUAACAAUCAAGUAUUUAAAGAAUUGUUAACGCCAUUAAUGCCAGUUCUCAAACAAGAUCUUGAACAAAAAGGAUUAGGAGACGUGAAUUUCGCUUUGAUUGGAUACGGAGGCCCUGAUCAUGAUUAUCCAGUUCAUUUUGGCAAUAACGGAAAAGUUACAUACGAAGGAAAUGCUGAUAAAAUUAAAUUUAAAACUGAAGAAGAUCCUAAACCAAAUUAUGAAAAAUGGGAAGAUAAAUUAAAAUUUGUCAUUAAUUUUGUUAAAACUGAAUUAGGACACGAACCAAUUGUAUCAGCCAUGGAAGAAGCUAAUAUUUACCCAUUCAGACAAGGAGCUGCUAAAAUCAUUCUUUUGGUGAACUCUCAAAGUUGUCCUCUCAGUCCAACAUUCCCAUUUUCAUUACAAGUACCUAGAACUUUGAGCAUUAAAAAGUAUUACAAAGAUUUAGGAUUGCAAUUUCACUUGAUAACUCCAUUGUCAAAAACAAUGACAGUAAGCAACAAACCUGAAGCUGAAUUGAAGAAUGUUGUCGGUUUUGAUGCAGAAAAAGUGUACACUUUUGCUGAUGCUAAAAAGAAUGAACUUGAAGGAGAUGCCAAUGUUAGACCACAUUUAGUUUACAACCAUGAUUUAUGUGUUACAUUCUCUCAAUAUAAUGGUGGAGCAGCUUUCAAUUCCAACGUUUUUGCUCAUGCCAAACCUGAGCAACAAAAGAAAUUCAUUCAUGUGGUUUCCAAGAGAAUUGCACAAGGAGCUGUGGCUCAUCACUUUACUGAAAGUUGUUCAUGUGCUUUGUAUCACGGAGUGUUUUCAUACCCUAAAUGUAGAGUAGUCGGACACGCUUAA